UCAUCCUCACAAGCCUAUUUAUUAUCAUCACCGUCGUCCUCUCAGACAGACGCCCUAACAAAGAUCAUGGCACUUGGAACAAUUGUCGCUGUCUCAGCAGGAGCAGUUGGAGCAGUGGCCGCCGCUCCUUUAGUUCUUGGGGCCGUGGGUUUCACCUCAGCUGGAAUAUCAGUUGGCUCCUACGCUGCAGGCAUGAUGUCAUCUGCUGCCAUUGCUAAUGGUGGGGGCGUGGCAGCAGGGAGUCUGGUGGCUCUUCUGCAAUCUGCAGGUGCUGCUGGCCUGACAUUAACCACAAAAGCUAUUGUCGCCGGCGCUGGAGCAGGAGGCGUCGGAGCAGUUACAGGACUGUUGAGACGAUUCCGCUGAAGUUCUCGUCUUGUUUUCCGAAAUUAUUUUAAAUAUCAAUCUGCAUCACAGCAUGUAAUCACUGCAAACACUUACUCUACAUUAGAUAAUAAUAAAUGUUGAUUCUGUCGCCCCCUGCUGUCAGUUUAAAUAUCUAUUUUUUUUUGUUUGUUUUUUAAGUUUCUGUCAUUUUUCUCUUGUAAACUACUCUCCCUGGCCUCUGUAAAAUAACACAAACUGUUUAAAAUUGGUUUUGUUAAGUUAAGUAUUGUUAUUUUUUGUGAUGUUUUUUUAACACAGGGGUUCCCAAACUUUUCCAUGCCAUGCCCCCCCCCCCCCUAAUAGCGUUAGAUUCUAUGUGGGGACCCCCCCUGUAAACCAAUAAAACAAUGCUAAAAAAUAUGAAACAUCAACUUUUAUUCACUAUUCGAUAAUUAUUACUUAUGUUUGGCAUAACAAUUAUAUUAACUGUUUUAAACACUUAUAUUCCUACUGAAAAAGCAAUUUUUAACAAAUUGUUGACGAUAAGAACAGAACAAAAGAAAUCAAAUCUCUCUUUAGCACUUCAGCUCCGUUAAUUCCUCUUCAGUUUUCACUCUACCUUUUUUUUUACACAUCAUCUGACAGCAGAUCCAAAUCUUUAACAAGCAGCCGUGAGAUGUUUCUGCAUCUUCAGUUUCUUCCUGAAAGUGAAACCAUCACUUUGGUUCAUCAUCAGCAGAAACAUCCUGGAAAUCCUCAGAUAAAAGCAGAGAUGAAGCUCACAGGAUAAAACCCAUGCUGAUUUCAUUAUAUUAUUGUGAACUGUAUUUUAAAAAAAUGAUUGUUGGUUUUAUGGUAAUGCUUUCAAAGAUUUAUUAGAUAUGACUUUAUUUCCCUCCAGCUUUCUGUGGACCCCACUUUGGAAAACACUGUUUGAACGCUGUCCUGCAUGUUUAACGUGUUUCUGCUCCAACGAUUCAAAAUAUUUUUCAGUAACUUGUCAUCUGGUCCUGUAAGAACUUAAAACAAAAAAAAAGUGCUCUGUGUCCUACUGCUGUAAAAGAAAGAAUCAUAUUUUGGCCUUUCAGGCUGCUUUUUAUGUGUUUUUUUUUCUACAAAAUCUAAUUGUCAAGUAAAUGUUAAGUGUUAUUAAAAAAUUAUUUAAAAAUGAA